CUGUAUAUAAUAAGUAAGCGUCUACCUCAACAAAUGAGGUCAGACUAAGCCACUGAACUACCCUUUUCCCCUGUCUCUCCGACAUGUCACCCGUCGCGCUCAUCAUCGGUGCUGGUUCCGGCGUCGGCAAAGCCUGCGCUGAGUCCUUUUCGGCUGAAGGGUACCAAGUGGCAGUGGCUUCUCGGACUGGUCACAAUCUGGAGAAAAGGUUCACAUACUAUCAACUCGACGCUUCUCAUCCAAGUGCCAUCUCUCACUUGUUUGAGAGGGUUAAAAUGGAUCUCGGUGUACCCAAUGUCGUCAUCUACAAUGCUUACACGUUUCAUGGCGGAGAGGCGAAAGAGAACCUCCUCACCGUCAAUCUCUCUCACGUCAUCAACGAUUUCAAUGUCAACACUAUCUCUCCUUAUCUGGCUGCAGGCGAAGCGGUCAAAGGAUGGCAAGAACUCGAAAAACAGGGACGCGUUGGGAAGCAGGGGGCUACCUUCAUUUAUACUGGGAACGUCUUCCCUACCAAGCCAAACCCUCACGCUAUUGCUUUCUGUGCACAGAAAGCAGCAGUGAAGAAUAUCGUCUUGAACCUCUCCCAAAUUUACAGGGAAGAACCGUACAAAUUCUAUUGGGGCGAUGAACGGGCAUCUGAAGGCGGAGCAGUCUAUGGUGACAUAAACGGACCGCUUCACGGAGAGACCUACCUAAAGCUGGCAGAAGAACCCAAGCAGCAGAUCUACGAUUACACAUUUGUCAAAGGCAAGGGAUACGUCAAGUUUGACGACCAUGCAUAGAGAAAUAGGUCACGUUUGGUUACCAUGCAUAGACUUGUGUCGCGGGA